AUGGUUCAACGACUUCUGGAAACAAAUGACCCUCAAAUGGAAAAAUUAGCCACUGAUUUAUUUGUUAGAUUUUCUGGAAUUGAGGAGGAUUCACCUUCUUAUCAUCGCCAAUAUGAUUUUUUUAUUUCAAAAUUUUCUUCAAUGUGUCAUGCGAAUCGAGGUGAUUAUGUGCGCUCACAACGAUUUAAUGGGCUUCGAGGUCUUAGAGGUGUUAUUUGGAAAUCUGCAAGUGAUGAUUUACAAGCUAACAUUUGGGAGAAACAACACAUGAACAAAAUUAUUCCUUCAAUUCUUUUUAAUUUCCAGGAUGAAAAUGACGAAGUUGAUGACCAACGUGUUGAUCAUACUACCGCAAUGCUAUUUCAUCCUGAAGAACAAAAUGGAUCUAUUGCUGAAGCCGAACCAAGAAAUUUAGCGCUUCAAUGUCUUCGAGAACUUUUCCAAAAAUGUAGUUUUGGAUCUCUCAAGUUUAUUAUAUUUACAAAAAUUUUUUUUAUUAAAAAAUUCAGAUCUGUACUUGAACCCGUCUUUAGACAUUUUGAUUUACACAAUAAAUGGGAUCCUCCGCCAACUUUUGCUAUUAAAACUUUCAAGGCUAUUCUGUACAGCAUUCAAUCACAGAAUUCUUAUUUUGUUAUACAGGAACUUAUUAAUCAGCUUGAACAAGUUCAAAAUGGGGAAUCUAAUGUUCGUGUUGGAAUGGCUACAGUUUUGGCAAAUAUUGUCAGCAUUGCUGGAACGAGUAUUGGCCCUCUUCUUUUAGCUAUUUUUAAUUCAUUGUUAAAAUUGCUCCGUUCUUCUGUUGAAUUCCAACAGUCAAAGCAAUGUGUUGAUUUGGAAAAGGAAAAGUUAUUUCAAAACACUUUAAUCAAUGCUCUAGGUGAUUUUGCAAGUGCGUUACCUGAUUAUCAAAAAGUUGAAAUUAUGAUGUUUACUGCUGGAAGUAUUCCAAAUGUUGAAAGCACGGUAAAUCUUAAAACGGAACGGAUGUGCGAGGCAUUUCUGCAAAAAGUUCUUGUAAAAACCUUGUUGGAGGUGGCAACAAAGUACAAAACGUUCUAUUUGGCCACAGUUUUCACCGAUGCGUUUCUCAGGACUUUACUCCAAUUGCAAUUAACUAGAGAUGCGGAAGUCAGAUUAAUUGCCCAUCAAAUAUUCCAAACAUUAUUAGAUCGACAUGAUAAUCAACAGAAACUUGAACAUUUACUUUUAAUUCUGCCAGAAAUGCGAAUGGAAGAUUUACCUUUAAUUGUUGAAAAAUGUUCUCGUCAAGAUUCUCUUUUUAUGCGAAGGAAUAUUCAUGUUAUUGUUUCUACUUUGUAUAGAAGUGUUGUUAUUGCAGAACCUGAAAAUUCUGUUUCUAUUGAAAAACAAUAUUUUGCUUUUCUUUGUUCAUUGGCUUUAAUUUUAGUUGAAGUUGGAAACGAUGAAACUCAAGUUGAACUUUUUCGUCUAGCUUUUGCAUUACAACAAUAUGCGUUAGAUGAGCAAUUAUGUGAGGAAAAAGCAAUCAACAUACACAAUUUGGUAUCUAGAUAUAUGUCUUUAAGCUCACAACUCGCUUCAAUCCCGGCUCUUUGUCAACACGUUCAGCAGGUAAUCAAUCUUCGAGCUCAACGUGCUCAUCCUCUUCUUAAUAUAAAUAAUACUGACAAACCAAAAUCUAUUGUUAAAAACGUUGAAAUUAAAUUGGCUGAUGAAAAACAGGAUCAACCAAUUUCUGAAGAAGUCGAAAAUGGAGCUGCUUUUUCUCCACCUCCAGGAAAAGCUCCAAUUGCUCACAUGGAUUCUGAAGAAGAUUUUUUGCCUUCUGUGCCUGGAUCAAAAGCAAGCACUUCAAGGAAUCAGAGAGUUUUUGAAUCUAAUAGUGGAAAAAUGAAUGGGUUGCCGACUGAAAAUGACCCGGAAUUGUUAUUUUGUGCUGAAACAGCUUAUGAAGCAAUAAAAGAAUCAAAUAAAGAAUCUCAACGACUUUUACAGCCUUUCACACCUAUAAACGUCUCAAAAUCACUGUUUACAUCUUUUGAGGUCUCAUCUAUUGCGACAGGUCAGAAAUCGACACAAAAAAGAGGUUCUUCUGGUACUCAACUUGCUGCACUUGAUUUGCCAACUACUGAUAAAAGUAAAAGUACAACAUCGACUUCAGGCGGUUUAAUGUUUUCAUCUCCAUUAGAUCGAAAUAAAAGUGCAAUAGAAAUAAACGGAGAUAUUUGUGAUCACAGUCAAAAUGAUUUUUGCUCUAACUUGAAGGAAAUGGAUGAAACAAAGAAGACUUUAAGUCAACAGAAUAGUAUUGAUACUGUUUCUAAGGAAUACAGUUCUUAG